CAAAUCCCAAUCUCGCCCUAGGGCACCAAAACGCAUAGGGCCGGCCCUGGUCCCAAUCAUCUUACAGUGUAUGGUCCACAUUAUGCAAAGUUAGUGAAACAGAUGGAUGAAGGAGGAGUCCAGCAGAGGAGGAGCAGGGUUUGAAUUUCAGGCCCUCCUCCCUCAUUUCCUAUCAUCUCCCAGCACGGACUCAGCAGAGGAAACGGAAAAGACGAAACACAGGCUACAAGAAGGUUUUUCAUUUCAAAACCCCGGGGCUGUGGAAAAGAACACAGAGCUCAAUUUUUCCGGAUUAAACGUGUCCUCACUUUUCGGCUUCAUCUUUGAGACCCCUGCCUGGGCUUUCCGCUCCGUUAUUUCCACUUUUGUUUGUUUUUGUUGCUCCAUCUUCUCUCCAGCUGUUUGCAGCUGGCAGAAAGCAUCCGCCCUGUUCGGGUAAGAAGGGAAAAAAAGAAAGUUUGGGUCCGAGAGUGACCGGAGGAGGAGAGAGAUGCCACCCCCAGCUUCCCAGCCGCAGGUGAGGCAGAACAUCGUGAAGUUCCUCAAGAGUUUUUUGGGAAUCACGCGCAUCCUGCAGAUCGUGUUCGGCGCCGGACUGUGGGUCACCAUCGCCGCCAACAAGUACGAGGGCUCCAUUCACUUCGUGCUCUUCGUCGCCGUGCUCUUCUGGCUCCUCACGCUCGCCCUCUUCUUCGUCACCCUGCUGGACAAGCAGGACCUGGUGCCGCUGCUGGGCGGAGACCGCUGGCUGUGCACGAACCUGGCGCACGACGUGGCCGCCGCCGCGCUCUACCUGCCGGCCAUCGGCGUCAUGAUCUACAAGACGGACCGCAACUCCUACUGUAACCUGGAGCAGUACAAGCACCUCUGCCUCUACAAGGUCUACCUGACAGCCGCCGUGUUCGCCUGCCUCUGCUGCGUCGCCUACCUGAUGUCCGUUAUUUACGACGCGUGCAGGAAGUGUCGUGGUGAGCAGACGGUGAUCUGAAGAGACUGAAGAGAGGUGUGAUGAUGGAGGGAGGAGGAGGAGGAGGAGGAGGGUGGAGGUGUAUUAACUACAAGAUGAGGAAUAGUUCACUUCACUGUAAUUUAACUCAACAGCUACUCUUAUCACCUUUGUCUCCUCAAAAACCAAAGUUUACAGGCGACGUUGAAUCACAGAAUAUCACUCUGUGGCCUCACAGUCAGUGUUUAAAGGUCCAGUGUGUGACAUUUACGAACAUCUACGGGCAGACAUUUAAUUAAAGAUGCAUACGUGUGUUUAUAUGGUAGUAUAAUCUGUUCUCGUAGACUAAGAAUAAGCCUGUUAGGCAAGGGCCUCGCUUUACGGAGGCCACCGUCUUGCAAAGGUCACUGUAGUUCCCUGAUGCUUUUGCAACAUCUCUGUCAUGACUGUGCGUUCAAACCAAUCAUACCGCGUCUCUCACUUGUGAUGCACCAUGGAAUCAUUCAAUCACAGUGAAUUCAAUGAAAGAGAGGAGAGUGGGAGUGGCUAUUUUCUUUCACCAACAAACAUGGCUGAAAUGACUCAGAUUGCAAGUGUAGAGGAAGUAGAAGUGUGGUAGAGUGACCACAUACCACAGCUAAAAUGUUGUCCUUCUGAUAUUAUUUCUGAGACAAUUGGCACUUUUCCACUUUACAGUUGUAGCAAGACUGCUCGUCAAUGCGUACGCAACAUAGAGCAAUUAAACCGACUUAAAAAUCCUGAAAACAUGCGUUAAUCUCCAACAUUUAGCGAAUCACAACCCCUUCAGUUGCAUUUUAGUUCAGUGACUGUAUCAGACUCCGGUCAUGCAGGAAGUACUGAACUUUUUACUGAACUGAUUCUAAUGAUUCAGUACAUCGGAAAUAGCCGCUUUGCUCACUAUGGCGACCCCACCCAUGUGGAGAACGACGUGUCUGAUACCAAACAGAGUAGAGUUGAGCCGAAUAGCGCCGCAACUGUAUCAUGGAAAAGUACCAAAUGUCAUGAUGUUGGUUAUAUGGAGACGCUGAUUAGUUAUCGUGAAAUGACAUCACAUGAUAUUGAUAUGCAAGUUGAAAUAUUCCAACACAACAAGGGAUCUGUUGAUAAAUUCUGAUUUUAAAUGUGUGUGGUGUGAACACACAGUCAUAGAUGUCGCAAAUGUGUACACACUGGACCUUUAAAGUUUGCUAACAUGAACACAGCCCCUCAGAGGCUAAUCAAGAGUCCUAUAGAGGCUUUAUCUGCACACUGAGUCUGAUUGGAAAUGUAAAAGUGUUUGUGUGCCUCCACUGCUUAAAUGUAUUAUUCAGUCAUUUAAAGAUGUAGUAGGCAGGAUCGCUUAAAAAAAAAAGUAGAUUGUUGCAUUUCCAUCCGCUGAACAUUAAUGCUACAUCCACAUUACUCUGUUUUCAUUUGAAAAUCAUGACCUUUGAAAACAAGGAUUCUCACACCUGCUUCCUUCUUGUUGGAUACAACUUCUCGACUAAAAGCUGUGUGUGUUAUAGGUGUUAUUACAGAAAGUUGACUUGUUGAUACUUUUUAACGUUGUUGUUUGACAGUUAUUUUCUGAAACCAAGUGAACAACUGCAGAGGGAAGAAUCAGCUUCCUGUUUACACAAACACACAUGUACACACAUGUCUUUAGAUGAUAUAGAUGAUGCAGAUAAUUUUUAUUUGAAAAUGCGUAGUGUGGAUGUAGAAUUAAAGGUCACAAUUCUGGAACUUACUGCCGACGUUGACACGUUUAACUUAGUUCAUUGUCCAUUUGUCUUUUAGACUCUUUCAUCUUUUUUUUUAAAGUUUCUCUGUAGAACAGGCAGUUGUUGCUGGUGCUGGAGUGAAUAAUUCCUCCAACGAGACUUGUAUAUAGAAAUGCGUUCACUUUAUUUCUGAACUGCCGUGUUGCCAGAUGCCAGAUCACUUGAUCUACAUUUUACUGAAAGGUUAUUAUGGAAUUAUUGAUCCACAACGACCAAAACUAUCCUGCCUACUGUACCUUUAAUGCUAUUUACGCUUAAAGAGAAUUAUUAUUAUUAUUAUUCCUGUCAGGACUAAUUACAGUGGAUAUGCAGUAAGUUUAUAGUACAAAGCCUCAAUGUAUAGUAUGUUUUGUAGAUGUUCUUUCUAACAGCUCAUCUAAAACCCGCUUAAAAGUAUUCAUUUCCAAAAUGGAUUGUUUUCUAAUCUUUUAAAAAAAAAAAUAUAUAUAUAGUAUAUAUUUUUAUCUGUUUUAUAUGUGUGUUUUUUGUUUUUUUAAUGAAAGCAAACUAUACUGAACAGUUAUAGUGAAGCGUGAUGGACUAAUACUUUUGACUGGCUCUGUUUUUGUUACUUGUUUCGUUCAAACAUUGCAUUUAGUCGCUUCUGUCAGUGCUGUGAGUGCUGUAGACGACUCAACAACAUGGAUGUGAUUGGUGCUAUGACGUGUAUGCUGAAGAAAAAACAAGCUUUAUACCCCAAGUCUUCGUGAUGUAAAUCCAUAGAGCAAAAAAAUAAAGAGCAGUAAGUCAUA